AAUGAAAAUAAAACGAUUCUUAUUUUCAGGCAAUUAUACACUAAUGAAAACAUACUUAUGAAUAUUAUAUUCCAUUUCUGCCAGUAGAUCGUCCUAAAUGUUACACAUUGGUCCUUUAAAUCUGUCCUGACAGAGAUAACAGUGACAGUUUUAUUCAAUUUUCUACUUUUUCCACCAUGAUCGGUAACAUUAUAUCGGCUAUCUCUGUACACAGUCUUAUGGUGCUGAAUCUUCAGUCCUGCUUGGUGCGUUUAAAAAAAGCUCUCCAAAACAUCUCCUCGUGUUUACUGAUCAAACCAAACAGCUCGUGGUUUCACUACGAGGCAGUUGCUGUGUUUUAAUGUUUUCCUGUGAUACAAAUAUUCAGAGCCAAUUAGGAUUUUAAAAAGUUGAAUUGUCACCGAAGCAAAAACAACUUUUAACUUAGUGCUCUGUCGAAUAUAACAUUGAGCUUGCUUGAGCUUUUUUAUUCUAAAAUGGGCUAAUAUUGAGUAUUAAAUAUCAGACUUUUCUAAGACAAAGAUGGUCAAAACUAAUGGUACUCUUCUCCAAACUCGAGUUUUUUAUUUGCUAUUUCAGUCCAGAAAAAUUGGUAUGAGUUAUACAUCUGUCAAUGCUAAUACCCAUAGCACUAGUUUUAGUAGCACUGAUAGAAGUAGCUCUUGUCCUUCAGCCAUGGCUGGUGUGUCCUUUUUUAUAGGGUGUUUGUCACAACCCUACACACCAUCUAAUUCCUUCUUUCAUUUUUUUUUGGUUCAUUUAAUUAUUCGUUGUUCACAAAUAGCUGUUUCAAUAAUUGCACCAGCUCUGCUAGAUAGCUCCUCGCUACCUGACCAGCCAUCUGCUGAAGCAUCCACAUCUCCAGCGCCGUCGCCAAAACCUCAGGGAGAAACUCGGCCGUGUAAUGGCGUGCCAUCUCGCUUAAUCGGACGCCAUUUCCUGGGCAAGAGGGAGAAUGACUCUGACUGCAAGGUCUGCUCACAACACAAGAGGAAAAGGGUGGAGGAAGAAGAGCAGGAGAAGAAGAAGCAGAAGAUGGAAGGGGAUAAGGAGCCAGAGAGGAAAACAGAAGAAAAGGCGGAGGAGGCAAAGGGAGUGAACUCACAUGAGAAUGAUGGGGACAGAAAAGAGGAGGAGCACUCUGAAAUGAAGGAUUGUGAGCAGAAGAGUGGGACGUGUAGGAGGCGGACGUCGUAUUACUGUAAGACAUGUUCAGGAGAGCCCAGCCUCUGUCCUGUUCCCUGUUUUGAACUCUACCACACCCGACUGAUCUACAAAACAGCUCCUGAACUGGAAACACAAGUCUCCUGAUCUGCUGACCUGAGAACUACUGAGAUCUACUGUGACCCUGGACAAAGAAUAAACAACUACAGGGUCAACUGCUGGUGUUCACACCUACACUACUUUAGUGACCUUAACUUCCUUUUUUGUGGUUGUCUCUUUAAGUUGAACCCAAAACCUUAUCGAAGGCAGAAUAACCAUUAGUUUACAGUAGUUACAUGGACGUCUAUUUGCUAACUGGUAGUACAGUGAAAUUAUGCACCUAAAGGGGUGUUCCUGUAUUUUUUCUAACAAACUAAAGAUAGCAGUAUUUAUGAUCCAUUCUGCAGAAUGGAUUUUCAUGGCUAUCUGUAUCCUCUUCCCAUAAAGGGUAUUUAUUUUGUAUGGGGGUAUUGUUAAGUGGUCUGUAACUGAUGGGCUAACAGUCUAGACAAGGUUGAGAUACUUCCUGAAGUGCGUCACUGAACUACAAACUGUACUGUAACAUGUUUUACCUCAUUAAUGAAUCUGUGUCACGAUAUGUUAACAUGUCAUUAAAGCUGAUCCCAAUCAUG